UUCAGCUGCACUCCUCUCCAUGAGACCCAUCACCCAUGGCCAUGGCCAUAAGACCACGGUGAGCUGAGCUGAUAGUGCCAAGCCAAACCCCUCCACAGUCCACACCCUCUCCUCCUCCCGACAAGCACAGAACUCGUCUUUUCCUUUCUCCCCUCCCUCUUUUCCCCUCACCUCACCUCACUGUGCGGCGUGGCCACUGCCAGUACAAUCCGCUCACUCUUUAUUCCCCCGGCCGCCCUUGUCUCGUUGCGUGUCCCUCCUGCGGUUAUGGAUCAAGAAACCUCACGAGAACCCCGCCGCUUCAGCCGUAUGUUGCCGCAUUAGUAGGGGCCCAGCCCUCGCCGGAUCGUUUCUCGCGAUCGCAUUGCAUGCGCUCUUCCUGAUCUUCGACGCGGAUUGGUUUCAUUUCCGUCGCGUUGCCGGCGGCGGGAUUCGGGGCGGCGGCAUUUUGGCUGGUCGAGGGAGAAGAGGGACAAUGGUCGGCGGCGGCGCACAGUCGGCGAGCGCCGUGGAGGUCGAGGACAUCGAGCUCGGCGAGCGGCGGCGCGCGGACGAGUUCGCGGACGACGACGAGGAGGGCAGCCAGUACUUCACGGACGCGGAGGACCGGUCGUGGCCCUCGCACUCGCGCCACGAGUCCGCCGCCUUCGAGGACUGCAUCUCGCGGUGCGCCUCCACCCGCGCCAGCUCCUGCGGCGGCGCCGACAGCGACGCGGACAUCGAGGCCGGCGGCGGGCACUUCAGGAAGUCGUCGUGCGUGUCCGAGUGCUCGCUGGACGACGUCGACCUGGAGGCCGGGCUCGGCGGCGAGAGCGCCAAGGGCAGCUCCGACCCCGAGAAGGCCGAGAAGAACUGCCGCAUUUGCCACCUCGGCCUGGAGAGCGCGGCGGCCGAGUCCGGCGCCGGCAUCACGCUCGGCUGCUCCUGCAAGGGCGACCUCUCCUACUCCCACAAGCAGUGCGCCGAGACCUGGUUCAAGAUCAGAGGCAACAAGACCUGUGAGAUCUGCAGCUCAACCGCAUGCAACGUGGUUGUGUUAGGCGAUCCGGAGUUGGUGGAGCAGUCGAACGAAUCGAACACCACAGCAGCCAGGCAUGCAUUUCCAAACGAAACCAGGAGAUUUUGGCAAGGGCAUCGGUUCCUCAACUUCCUUCUGGCAUGCAUGGUUUUCGCCUUCGUCAUCUCAUGGCUCUUCCACUUCAACGUCCCGGGGUGAGUUUUGCAGCGGACGGUCCCUCAAUAAAAAGCUCCAAGGCCAUUACGGCAGCAAACAUGUGGGUUAGGUUCAACAAAUCUGGAGAAACAGGCUAAAAAGUGAAGUUAAGCUGUGAAGAGGUAAACAAAUAUAUGGUCGGCGCGGCGGCCUUAAAUUUGCCCUGAUCGCGGUUCAGUACGAAAGGAACCCUGAUCAGGAUCUCCCGCCCGCCCCAAGAUUUGAGUGAAGAUAGCGGCGAAGAGUAGAAGAUGUGUUGUUCGCUUGUUCCUCGAUUAUUGUUGUCUUGGUUUGAAGAAGAACAUGAUUAUGUUAGUGCUGUGAUUUCCUAGCUUUGAUGUUUUGCCUUGUGAGUUGGUGUGAUCUGUGUGCAGUCAGUGCAGAUUUCUAUAUGCCCACCCUCUGUUCCAGUGUUUAUUGUCCUGAUAAACAGGACGAGGUGGCAGCUGUCUUUAGCAAGGAAAAUGUACUGCCAGCUCAGUUGCGAACAAUGUUGCCGAAAAUAAUGAAGAUAAAAUGUUGUGAA